GCGCAGGCAGCCAGCUAGUUGAAGUGCAGUCGACUGGUUGCGUUCGAGGACUUAUAGCUGUGUAGCUCCGUCACUGAAUGUGCUUUUCUGAGUUGGUGAGCUCUUGUGGAAAUAAGUAAAAACACACAAGUGUGAGAAAUGGCUCCAAAGAAGGGUAAGGGAGGUGAUGUGCCAAAGCCACCACCACUGAUUGGAAGGUUUGGCACCUCAUUAAAAAUAGGAGUUGUCGGCCUACCCAAUGUUGGGAAGUCAACCUUUUUCAACGUGCUGACAAAGAGUCAGGCUGCAGCUGAAAAUUUCCCCUUCUGCACCAUUGACCCAAAUGAAAGCAGAGUGCCCAUUCCAGAUGAACGCUAUGAUUUCCUCUGCCAAUUCCACAAACCCGCCAGCAAAGUUCCCGCCUUCCUCAAUGUCGUCGACAUUGCCGGCCUGGUGAAAGGCGCUCAUUCUGGCCAAGGCCUGGGAAAUGCCUUCCUGUCCCACAUCAACGCCUGCGAUGGCAUCUUCCACAUGACACGUGCUUUUGAUGAUGAGGAUAUCAUCCAUGUUGAGGGGACAGUGGACCCAGUGAGAGAUAUGGAGAUCAUCCACGAGGAGCUGAGGCUGAAGGAUGAAGAGAUGAUCGGCCCUAUUAUUGACAAGCUGGAGAAGACAGCCAUUAGAGGCGGUGACAAGAAACUCAAACCAGAAUAUGACGUUAUGUGCAAAGUAAAGAGCUGGGUAUUGGAUGAAAAGAAACAUGUUCGCUACUAUCCCGACUGGAACGACAAGGAGAUCGAAGUGUUGAACAAAUACUUGUUUUUGACAUCCAAACCAAUGAUCUACCUCGUUAAUCUCUCCGAGAAAGACUACAUAAGGCGAAAGAACAAAUGGUUGGCGAAAAUCAAGGAGUGGGUGGACAGUCACGACCCCGGGGCCUUGGUCAUCCCCUUCAGCGGCGCCCUGGAGAGCCAGCUACAGGACAGGAGUGAAGAGGAGAGGCAGAAGUACUGCACAGAGCACAAGACGCAGAGCGCCCUGAGCAAGAUCAUCAAGGCGGGCUACGCAGCCCUGCAGCUGGAGUACUUCUUCACUGCCGGGCCGGACGAGGUCCGUGCAUGGACCAUCCGGAAAGGAACUAAGGCUCCACAGGCUGCAGGGAAGAUCCACACAGACUUUGAGAGGGGCUUCAUUAUGGCGGAAGUAAUGAAAUUCCAGGAUUUUAAAGAGGAAGGCAGCGAGAACGCUGUCAAGGCAGCAGGAAAAUACAGACAGCAGGGAAGAAACUACACUGUUGAGGACGGAGACAUCAUCUUUUUCAAAUUUAAUGCUCCAAAUGCGCCAAAGAAAAAGUGACACAAGAGCAAUACGAUUGUUUACGAUAAUUACGAUUGUAAUUACUGCGCUGUUAUACGCCGACACUUUCCUACUUUUUGUUUCUCCGUUCCGUAGGAUCGAACCCCCAGCUUAUGUGCCAAAGCCCAGGUUCAGUAAACUCUGA